UUAUUGCUCGGUCACGGCUGGGCGGAUAGGGCGGAUAUCAUGACAGUUCCGGCUGCACGCUGCCUUCAAGUCUGCCACCAAGCUUCUGUCCCUGAACCUUCCACAGAGCCGGAACCUGGUUGACUCGCGCAAGCCAAGCUGACAUUCGACAGUUCUAAUGUCGAUUUAAUAACAUUGGCCCUUCCUGGCACAUGAUUGCAACCUUGCGUUACGUUCCCUCUGUCUGAGGCGCGAUUCCAUCUUUCAUCAUCAGGUUCGACUCCAGACACACGUGGUCUGCGGACGAGAGCAGAGGGCCGACCGCUCUGUGGCCGUGCUUAUAACAAUCCCUUGAGCACCGGCUUUCCCGGAUUGGGACCUGGUCACCGGAGGUUCUUGUAACUUUCUACAACAAAACGGCCGACUGCAAGCAAUUCCGGUUCUCAGCUUCAAAGUCGCCCUCACGAUGAAGCCCAUCCUCUCCGUUCUGGUUCUUGGACUCGGUGCAACUGGAGCACUCAGCGCCAACUUCAUUGCUUCCUGCGAUGAGAAGUCGGUUAAGGUCAGCGGCAGGACGCUGACCGCCAACUGCAAGAACAUCUUCGGGCAGCUGAAGUGCUCCAAGCUUGAUCUGAACAACUGUCUCAGGAACAACUACGGCAGGUUGCAGGAGGAUCCAACGGGCGCUGGACCGCACCUUGGCGACCAGUGCAUCAACUGCACUAACGGCAAGCCCGACAAUGGACUGAUUGUCGACGCUCCGCCGUCGCUCAUGUACUGUCAAUGCAAUCCUGGAACGGGUGCGGCUCAAGCCAACUGGCCGACGGCCAUUUUUGAUCUCAACACUCUCGUCGACAACAACAACGGCGUGCUAGAGUGCUACAAAAGUAGGGCUACUGCUUGCUAAGGCAUCAAGUCGCCUCUGUCUAGGUAGUGUAUUUACGCCUAUCUCUCGGCCAGCUUUGUCAUUGAGUUGUUGUAUGGCAUCUGUCCGUACGAACCAGCCUAUCCAUUCAACUACAUGAUUAGGCACCAUUUGCCGCUCUCAACG